UUUAGGGAGAGAGGCGGGCGGUACCCCGAGGAGAGCUCCUCAAGACCUCGAUCUACAUGAUCCGUCGCGUGUUCACCUCUGCCAUUGCCCGCUCAGCAGCGACGACAUGGGGAGGGGGAGGGGUGGGGUGGGCGCUGUCGUUAACCCGGCGCAAGGAUCCUGCUAUGGACAUCAUGGCGGCCUCCUGUACGACACUGGAGACGCACUCGCACAGCUCUGCACGGAUCUCCAGGAGAGGUGUGACGAUCAGGUCGUGUGCGAUGCCUAGCAUUGAUGAAUCAUGGAAAACAGGUGCGAGGGUGUCGCUAGAAGUAUUGGGAUGCUGUGAGUGCGGGAUGUCUGUCGCUGUCGCCGUCAUCGUCGCCGCCGGGCGGCCACUAAGUUCGUCGCUGCGGAGAGUUUGGAAGGUCGUUUCUCAUGUCAUAUGACGACUCGCGACGGGUGUGGCCGACGCCAUGGCGGGAUUGAA